GGUUUUUCCAGUGUGGACGUUGAAGAGACAAUUCCUUAUCCUUUUUAACAUCGUCCUAAUAUCCGAGCUCCUUGGGGCUAGAUGGUUUCCUAAAACUCUGCCCUGUGAUGUCAGUCUGGAUGCUCCGAAUGCCCAUGUGAUCGUGGACUGCACAGACAAGCACUUGACAGCGAUUCCUGGAGGCAUUCCCACCAAUGCCACCAACCUCACCCUCACCAUUAACCACAUAGCGAGCAUCACUCCAGCCUCCUUCCAGCAGCUGGACCAUCUGGUAGAGAUCGAUUUCAGAUGCAACUGUAUACCUGUUCGACUGGGGCCAAAAGACAACCUGUGCACCAGAAGGCUGCAGAUUAAACCCAGUAGCUUUAGUAAACUCACUUAUUUAAAAGCUCUUUACCUGGAUGGAAACCAGCUUCUAGAAAUACCUCGGGAUCUUCCUCCCAGCUUACAGCUGCUGAGUCUCGAGGCCAACAACAUCUUUUGGAUCAUGAAAGAGAAUCUAACAGAACUGGCCAACCUAGAGAUGCUCUACCUGGGCCAGAACUGUUACUAUCGCAAUCCUUGUAAUGUGUCAUUUUCCAUUGAAAAAGAUGCUUUCCUCAGUCUGAGAAAUUUAAAACUGCUCUCCCUAAAAGAUAACAACAUCUCAGCUGUUCCCACUGUUUUGCCAUCUACUUUGACAGAACUGUUUCUCUACAACAACAUCAUUGCAAAAAUCCAAGAAGAUGAUUUUAAUAACCUCAGUCAACUGCAAGUUCUGGACCUAAGUGGAAAUUGCCCUCGUUGUUAUAAUGUCCCAUUUCCUUGUACACCCUGUGAAAACAAUGCUCCCCUACAGAUCCAUCUACAUGCUUUUGAUGCAUUGACAGAAUUACAAGUCUUACGUCUACACAGUAACUCUCUUCAGUAUGUGCCCCAAAGAUGGUUUCAAAACCUUAAUAAACUCAAGGAACUAGAUCUUUCCCAAAACUUCUUGGCCAAAGAAAUUGGGGAUGCUAAAUUUUUGCAUCUUCUUCCCAACCUUGUCAAAUUGGAUCUGUCCUUCAAUUAUGAACUUCAGGUCUAUCAUACAUUUAUGAAUCUGUCAGAUUCCUUUUCCUCACUGAAAAACUUAAAAGUGUUGCGGAUCAAAGGCUAUGUCUUUAAGGAGCUGAAAAGUUUAAAUCUCUCCCCGUUACGUAAUCUUCCGAAUCUUGAAGUGCUUGAUCUUGGGACUAACUUUAUAAAAAUUGCCAACCUCAGCAUAUUUAAACAAUUUAAAACACUGAAAUUCAUAGAUCUUUCAGUGAACAAAAUAUCACCUUCAGGAGAUUCGAGUGAAAGUGGCUUCUGCUCUGGCAUGAGAACUUCUGCAGAAAGUCAUGGGCCCCAGGUCCUCGAAUCAUUACAUUAUUUCAGAUAUGAUGAGUAUGCAAGGAGUUGCCGGUUCAAAAACAAAGAGCCUUCUUCCUCCUUGCCUCUUAAUGAAGAUUGUUCCAUGUAUGGGCAGACCUUGGACCUAAGUAGAAACAAUAUAUUUUUUAUCAGGUCCUCGGAAUUUCAGCAUCUCACUUUCCUCAAAUGCCUAAACUUAUCAGGAAAUAGCAUCAGCCAAGCUCUUAAUGGCAGUGAAUUUCAGCCUUUAGUGGAGCUGAAAUACUUGGACUUCUCCAACAACCGGCUUGAUUUACUCCACUCAACAGCAUUCGAAGAGCUACGCAACCUGGAAGUCCUAGAUAUAAGUAGUAACAGCCACUAUUUUCAAUCAGAAGGAAUUACUCACAUGCUAGACUUUACCAAGAACCUAAAGGUUCUGAAGAAACUGAUGAUGAACAACAAUGAUAUCGCCACCUCCACCAGCACAACCAUGGAGAGCGAAUCGCUUAGAAUCCUGGAAUUCCGAGGAAAUCAUUUGGAUAUUUUAUGGAGAGACGGUGAUAACAGAUACUUAAAAUUCUUCAAGAACCUGCACAAGUUAGAGGAAUUGGACAUCUCUGAAAAUUCCCUGAGUUUCUUACCUAGUGGAGUUUUCGAUGGCAUGCCUCCAAAUCUGAAGACUCUCUCCUUGGCCAAAAAUGGGCUCAAGUCUUUCAAUUGGGGAAAGCUCCAGUAUCUGCAGAAUCUAGAAACACUGGACCUCAGCUACAACCAGCUGAAGACUGUCCCUGAGAGAUUAUCCAACUGUUCCAGAAGCCUCAAGAAACUCAUACUUAAGAAUAAUGAAAUCAGGAACCUAACAAAGUAUUUUCUACAAGAUGCUUUCCAGUUGCGACAUCUGGACCUCAGCUCAAAUAAAAUCCAGGUUAUCCAGAAGACUAGUUUUCCAGAAAACGUUCUCAACAAUUUGCAGAUUUUGUUUUUGCAUCAUAAUCGGUUUCUGUGCAACUGCGACGCUGUGUGGCUUGUCUGGUGGGUUAACCAUACAGAGGUGACCAUCCCUUUCUUGGCCACAGAUGUGACUUGUAUGGGACCAGGAGCACACAAGGGCCAGAGUGUGGUCUCUCUAGAUCUGUAUACUUGUGAGUUAGAUCUGACUAAUUUUGUUUUGUUUUCACUUUCCCUAUCGGCAGUUCUCUUUCUGAUUGUAAUCACGAUAGCAAACCAUCUCUAUUUCUGGGAUGUGUGGUACAGUUACCAUUUCUGUAAGGCCAAGAUAAAGGGGUAUCAACGUCUGAUAUCACCCAAUUCCUGCUACGAUGCUUUUAUUGUCUAUGACACUAAAGACCCAGCAGUGACAGAGUGGGUUUUGGAUGAGCUGGUGGCCAAGUUGGAAGAUCCAAGAGAGAAACAUUUUAAUUUAUGUCUCGAAGAAAGGGACUGGUUACCAGGGCAGCCAGUUCUGGAAAACCUUUCCCAGAGCAUACAGCUUAGCAAAAAGACGGUGUUUGUGAUGACAGACAAGUAUGCAAAGACUGAGAAAUUUAAGAUAGCAUUUUACUUGUCCCAUCAGAGGCUCAUGGAUGAAAAAGUGGAUGUCAUUAUCUUGAUAUUCCUUGAGAAGCCCCUUCAGAAGUCCAAGUUUUUCCAGCUUCGGAAGAGGCUCUGUGGGAGUUCUGUUCUUGAGUGGCCAACAAAUCCACAGGCUCACCCGUACUUCUGGCAGUGUCUGAAAAAUGCCCUGGCCACAGACAACCACGUUACCUAUAGUCAGGUGUUCAAAGAGACAGCCUAGCUCUUUGCAAAAUGUGACUGCCUAACUUAACCAAGGGGAAGCUCGGCUGCCUAGGUUUGCUCAUAAAUGUCUCACCAAAGGAGUGUUUUAAAAUCUUCCAAGCCCUGGGAUUGCCCGUUUUGGCGAGGAGUCACCUAGGUAUGACAGAGAAACUGGAAAAUGGAAUUUAUAUAAGCAUCAAGUCACCUUUCUGUCUCUCUGUGUCUUCAUUUACACUUCAGUCUCUGGCUUCUGCUCUUUUAUAAAAUACUGUUGGGAGAAGGGUGGCAAGUAGAGGACAUAGAGUCUUGAUCCUUCUGUUAAUUGUGACUAUUACAUAGGUACACGAUCACAACAUUGUGAAGAACUGCACUUCUACCCUUAAGAAGUACUGGUAUGUAUAGAAACAGGGUUGAAAAAAUGUUCAGGGUCUACCAGAGUUAAUUAGUAAAACAAAAAAACAAAACAAGAAAUACCCUGGUUGACUCUUCAACUCUUCAACCAGUUGACUGUCACCUAGCAACCAACAAGUGGUUGCUGCUCAAGCGUGGCUCCCUCUCCCACUCCCCGCCUCCCCACCUAUUAUUGGAUUCUGUGAGGGAAAUAGAAAAAUCUCUGCCCAUCGAUGGACAUAGUCUGCUUACAAAUGGGAGAAAAAUAAAAUGAUCUGCCUUUAUACC